AUGUCAACGGACCGAGAUGAGAAUGGCAUAUUGGGGAGCCUGGACAAUGGGGCAGAAUUUCACCUGGUGAAGCCACUUACAUAUAACGAUGUAAGAAGCCUUUGGCAAUUUUCUGUCCUGAGAAAAAUAGAGCUCAAUAGGCUGCCUUCCUCUUCUUCCUCUUCUGAAAAUGGAAUGAGCAGCUCUGCCGCUGAAUCUCUCCAUAUUUUCAAUAGCAUCAGUCUUGAAUCUGAUGAUGACGAGGAGUCUGAUGCUAAUCAAAGUGGCUCCAAAAGGAAACAGUCUGAAAACUCCUCCAGCAGAAGCUCAGAUGAUAACUCUGAUCCAAACCUCGUCAAGAAGAACAAGAUUGUUAGGACUGAUAAGCUGCACAACAAAUUCGUGCCCGCUGUUGAUUUUCUCGGUGUAGAAGGAGUUUUUCCGUCGUCAGGGCUAAAAAAGGAACACACUUCAAGUCAUUUACAGUUUUCUUCAAUCCCGUUGAACAUGGGUGGAGGAGGCAUUUAUCAAUUACCCGGAUGGGAGAACGGAAUUUCAGUAAUAUUCCAUCCCGAAAUCAAAAACAUCUUCAAAGAGCAUAACGUCAAUCCGGCGAACUUGCAGGCUGCUGCCUCCGUCGGCCGGCGCUUUGGAGCACCAGCUGCAAAUUUCGAUGUCCGUCAACUUCCAAGUUCAUCACAUGCUGCAGCUAACUUUCCUCCAACGUCUUCUCUUACUCAAAACCUGGUAAACUUUUCAAACAUGAUAUAUGGUAGUGCUGCAGCUCCUCUCAACUAUGGCUAUGCGUUGGAGAAUGUGGGAAGUGACUAUAACGAGAAUAAGAAUAUGAUUUAUGAUAGUAAUGAUAACAAGAGUAGUACUGGUAGUAAUUUGCAGCCUAUGAAGGAGAAAGGCCUGGUUAUCGGAGAAACCAGUUAUAAUAAUAACAACAAUUGGACGAUCAGUGGAGGUGAUUAUUUGGAUUAUCAGUUGAUUGAUGAGUCAACUGACUGGCGAGCAAUGCUUGAAAGUGUCAUGGGAGAAGAACUAAUCUCUGUGCCUCAGCCACAGCCUAUGCAAGAACAAGUUGCAGCUCACCCGGCGCAGGCUCCCCAGACGCUCCACCCUGCGCCAACGCCACAGAUUGCUCAGCCGGAAGCACCACAAUUGUCAAACGUUGAGUUUGAUAUGUUUGGUGCAAAUGGCUAUGGAGGAGUUGAUGGUCUGUUCAAUAUGCUGACAGUCACAAGCAAUUUAUUCGAUCAGGAUUUCAGUGAUCUCGUGUAG